AUGGAUUCUACAAUGCCCCAAUUUCUCAUGACUCUGGCUCUGUCUACGACCCCGCAACAGGCUUUUGAGCAGGCCGACGCACUUCUCGUGCAGGCCUCAAUGCUCCAUUACCAAGCUGCGCAGCUUGAGUCGCAGGUAGAUACCAUCAACGAACGAGCCGAGAUAUUGAUUACAACCGCCUCCGGCCUUCGAGUUAUCGCAGAACAAGACCGUGAGAGCAUCCAGUACCUUUUUGACAGCGCCUUGGAAACAUACCAGAACGAUGUCGCUGCGUACGAAAAGGUUCCUCACCAAGCGGAGCGGCUGCGUUCAGUGAAAGCUCGCGUGGAAGACGGAAUGGUUACAAUAGAAGAGUUGGAAGCUUUGCUCGAGGAUAUGGUGACCUUGACCACACCCAAACGGUCUGACAGAUCUCUUGCGCCCGAACCUGAGAGCCCGCCAAGUCCAUUGACCACCAUGCCACUGUUGUUUCCUGCGGGUGUGAAGCGAGGAAGAUCUGCCAGUGAGGAGGAAGAACAACAAGCCGGACCGUCUACCAAGAAAGUCAAGAGAGAGAUCAAGAGAGAGAGUUCACAGGCGCAGGAGAAACGUUCAAUCGCCCAAGAUUUCCCCUUACGAGACGAAGACUGUGACAAUCUGUCUGACAUACCACUCUCGCCGAUCAUAACCCACAGUAGUCCUUCCAGCGCCGAGUUACUCGAGAAUAGCCGAGGCCAAACCACCAUGACCAGCAAGACUUCGAGUCUUACCACGAUGGAUCUACAUGCAGCCAUGUCUGAGACCAUGCAAACCGCAGACUCGGACUCGUCCUACGGCCGCAAGAAGUUCAAGAAAGCCAAGUCUGAUAGCACCAAGAAUCCUACAAGCACGGCCAAGGGCAAGAGGCACAGAAAGCGCAAGGCCAAGGAACAGAGAAAAGCCAGCUAA